UGGUGUCCUUCUGUCAGAGGACGACACGACGUACGAGGGCGAAUUCUCAGACGACUGGACCCUCAGUGGAAAGGGUGUGCUGACCAUGCCCAAUGGUGACUACCUGGAGGGCUCCUUCAAUGGCGAAUGGGGCUCUGGUCUCAAAGUGACGGGCUCCUACUUUAAACCACACCUGUUCGACACCGACAAGGACAAGACCCAAGCCAUGAAGCUGGGUCAUCUGUGUGUGUGUGCCGAGGAUAAGUGGCCGGCGGUUUUCGAGGAGUGUUGGAGUCAGCUGGGCUGUGAGGCUCCGGGCCGAGGGGAGCCCGAAAAGGCCUGGGAGAACAUUGCUGUGGCCCUCACCACCAGCCGGCGACACAUCCUGGACAGUCCGGAUGUUUUGUCUCGAUCUCACAACAAAACGCUGGAGAGUCUGGAAGUCAUCCCGCAGCACGUAGGGCCGAUCACCAUGGACAGAUACAACGCCAUCCGCCUCUACCUAAUCAAGGCGUGUGACACUCCGCUGCACCCUCUGGGUCAGCUGCUGGAGACCCUGGUGGCGGUCUACAGGAUGACCUACGUGGGUGUUGGCGCCAACCGUCGGCUCCUGCAUCAGGCCGUCAGCGAGAUUAAAUCUUACCUCAACCGCAUCUUCCUGAUUGUCAGAUUUUUAUUCCCAGACCUGCCAGAAGAGGGCGGUCUAAUCCCAGAGCCGACCACCGACCUGCAGGAGAAGAAUGAGCCCAAUUCUACUGAUGCCCUGCCGGAGUCUCCCAAACCUGCCCGCGUGGUGAGCAGCUCGGCUCUGCUGCUUCCUGUCCUUCUGCCCCGUCUCUACCCGCCGCUCUUCACCCUCUACGCCCUGGACAAGGAGAGAGAGGACGACGUGUACUGGGAGUGCGUCCUGCGCCUCAACAAGCAGCCUGACCUCGCCCUGCUCGCCUUCCUGGGCGUCCAGCAAAAGUUUUGGCCUGUUUCCAUCCCAGCAUCUUUGCCUGCGCCUGGCGAGAAGCAACUGGUCAUCUCCAGCACCAAAGACGCCUGCUUUGCUUCUGCAGUGGAAACACUACAGCAGAUCAGCACAACUUUCACGCCAUCAGACAAGCUGCAGGUGAUCCAGCUCACUUUCGAGGAGAUCACACAGGAGGUCCAGGCGCUUCUGAAGCAGGACUUCCUGUGGUCCAUGGACGACCUCUUCCCUGUCUUCCUCUAUGUAGUACUACGAGCGCGUAUCAGGAACCUUGGUUCUGAGGUCAGUCUGAUCGAAGACCUGAUGGACCCCUGCGUCCAGCAUGGAGAACACGGCAUUAUGUUCACCACCCUCAAGGCCUGCUACUACCAGAUCCAGCAUGAGAAGGUUACUUAAGACGAGACUGCUGCUAAGUCCUCGGUGACCUUCAUGCUGCUGAUUUUCCACUCCCCUCCUCUCAGCUCCAGUAGCCGGGCAUGAGGAUGACUGACAGGGAGGAGGAGGGGUCAUAAGAACAGGUCGUCGAAUGCUGCUUGGACACAUCCCGUCACAGACCCUCCCUCCCUGAAACACUCAUCAUCCACAGGUGAUGAAGGUAGAAAUGUGGCCGUGAUGACAGACGCGAGCACAGUCGCACCAUCCAUGUGGGUGGAGUUGGGGAAUAAAGAUGACUGUUAUUAAAUCACCUUUAGCAGGGAGGGAGUGCAAAGUUUGUCUGUGGGAUACCGGACCUCAUUUUUUCUCCUUAAAAUUUUUAAUCUUAAAAAAAACAAAAACAGUAAAUCUGGAAACAUGAAUUAUUUUCAGUGAAAGCUACAUGAAGAGGAAGUAACUCUAUAAACUGUGGAUUCAUAAACUUUAUAAUCUGAUAUGGAUGCCUACGGUUAGUGGCUGUUAGGCACUGCAGGGGGGGAGCCGGUCCUGAAGGAAGGUUUUUUUUUUUUUGGGUUUUUUUUGGGGUUUUUUUGCAAGUAAAACUGACACUUGUUCAAAGUUUCUUUGGAGAGGAUUUAUCUGGGCAAGCUGACUGCCCAUUUUCAUACUGUAUUUAAAGAAAGAACGUGUUACAGCAUCAGUGAACGGACCUGAAUCUAAACAGUUGCUUAUAAAGAUUUUUUUUUUAUUUCUUCAUUUGAAGCGCAACCUUCAGCCGGAUUGUUGACUUGAAAGCGUACUCACACGUCCUCUGAACAUAACCUCAGACUGUUACAUUUAAAAUGCGUAUCCUUCCUCUGGCCUUUAGUGCAUACAUUAUUAGGUGUCUGUUUUUUGGGGGAUAUCAGCUGUAGAGAUGCUCAACUUGUGCUCAAAGCAGCAAAGCAAAUGCGUUUAAAUAUCUUGUAAGUAAGACUGAAAAACUUUUUGUUUCACCUCAUCUCUCCUCACAUCACUGUCACUCACAACAGCUGCUGACUUGAUGAGGAUUUAGUUGCUUUUCAUGCCAUUUAAAAGUGGUAUCUAAGGUAAAAUCAAAUGCGACUUCACCACCACUUUGGAGUCUUUGGCUCAAUUACAGAAGCACAUUUGUGAUCAUGUGGGUCUUUACCUAUCUGUGAUCUGCAAAUACCUGAACUAAUUUUCUGACAUAGCAUCAAAACAGAUCCUGAAAAGACUUUCUGGAAAAAGCUUAAUUUACUUCCUGCUUCUGCUAACACCAGCAUGUUACUGGUUACAGAGCCGUCACUUUAAUCGUCUACACAGCAGGUUCUGUUACCAUUAACGAGGCUUCAGAAAUGAGGUCUAAUUUUAGAAAUCAUGAUCUGGGUAUUUUAGUAAAAUGGUGGAACUAUUUUCUUUGACCAAGCGGCUGCCGUCCAUGUUUGUCCUGUCAUAUGAUACUUCUUUCUGCACAGGGACCCAUUUCCAGGUGUACUGGGAGCAGUGGUGGUUGGAAGAACAAACAUAGUUCCUGUAGUCUAGAAAUUGAUGAGUUUUCAAGACUUCUUAAUGCCUUGAGCACCACAAGGUGUACAGUGCCACCUGGUUUGUUUUAUGUUCAUAAGAUUAAAGAUAAGACUUAUACCUUUAGAGGAAACAAUAAAAAAAACAACCAGCACUGCAGGCCAGAGGAAAAAUAUGUAUUUAAUGUUUUCUUUUGUUUUUUUUUUAAGAUGAGCUAUUCAUUAUUCAGUCCACAGAAAUGUCUUUUCAUUGACAGCGUUUUGCAGGAGGUGUCUUUGGUUUGUAUUUCUGAGCCCAGUGUUCGCAGGACAGUCUUACAGCUCUGCAAGGUGGUGGUAGGAAGUGGAAAUUUGACGCUUUUGGAGAACCUGUGUUGCUCUUUAUUACAGUCUUAUUUAUUAGUCUCACUAAUUCGAAUCUUUAAUCUUAGAAGUUGAGGACAAGAUGUGUUUUUUUUUUUUUUUUUAAAUGUUAUUCCCAAAAAAGCUGAA